CCGCUUCAACCUGCUGACACACUUGCGCUACUCUUCGCUGCUAUCGGCCAUGAUGCCGGCCAUGUCGGGCUGAGCAAUGCGUUUCUCGUUAACGCCAACACGGUCAUCUCUCAGGCAUUCGAUAGAAAGAGCCCGUUGGAGAACUAUCACGCGCUUCUGCUCGAAGAGUGCAUGAUCAAGCAUGGAUUCGAGCGAGUUCUGUGGGAGCAGAUGCCUGGCGCUGGCGCUAGGAAGCGGACUUCGUUUGGCCAGCUCAUACGUUCAUGCAUCCUGUCGACAGAUAUGGCGCUGCACUUCAACUACGUCUCUGCAGUCGAAACGCUUCAGCAGCGCGUCGCCAUUGGAGAUGCUGCGGCUGUGCGACGUCUGCCGCGUGACGAUAUCACUCUUCUUUGCUGCGCUAUGCUGAAAUGCUCCGACAUUUGCAACCCGGCUCGUACACUUGCCAUCGGACGGCAGUGGUCCGUCAACUUACGCCGGGAGUGGGCGAGGCAGAUGGAUCUAGAGGUAUCCUGCGGAUUGCCUGUCACCGUUGGCUUGGAUCUGAUAGCAGAGGAAGAGUCGCUGGCAAAGGGCCAAAUCUGCUUCGUCGAUCUCUUUGUUCUGCCUUUAUUUGAAAGCAUGGCUAGCAUUCUGCCUUGUGAGUGA